UCCAAAGGUGGGUGGGGCAAUCCUUCCUUGAGGGAGGAUUGAUUUAAGCUGGAGAGAUCAGAGGCAGUGAGGGACAUUGAGCCUUCAGAAGCUGAGCACCAUGGCUGAGUCUGUGCUGAUUGUCUCCAGAUCUCUGGGCAGCAUCUCUGGGUUUCUGCAAGUGGCCUCCCUGCUUGGCCUGGUUCUGCUGCUGCUCCAGGCAGCCCAGCUCUACCUGAAGAGACAGAGGCUCCUCAAAGCUGUACAGCAAUUCCCGUCCCCUCCCUCUCACUGGCUCUAUGGACACUCCAGGGAGUUUGAAGAGAAUCAGGAGCUGCCACAGAUACUGAAAUGGGCAGAGAAGUUCCCAUGUGCCUUUCCUCGUUGGAUGUGGGGGACCAACGUCCAUGUCAUAGUUUAUGAUCCUGACUACAUAAAAGCGAUUCUGAUGAAACCAGAACCAAAGCCUUCUGCUGUCCGCAAAGUCCUUGAUCCCUGGAGUGGGACUGGUUUGAUCCUGUUGGAUGGAAAGACUUGGUUUGAGCACCGGCGGAUGCUGACCCCAGCCUUCCAUCAUGAAAUCCUGAAGCCCUACGUGGGGAUCAUGGUCGACUCUACGCGAGUGAUGCUGGACAAAUGGGAGGAAUUCAUCAGUCAGAACACCUCUCUGGAGAUCUUCAGACAUGUCUCUUUAAUGACCCUAGAUGUCAUCAUGAAGUGCGCCUUCAGCUACCAGGGCAGCGUCCAGACAGACAGACACUCCCAAUCCUAUGUCCAUGCCACUGAGGACUUGAAGAAACUAUUUUCCUCCCGAAUAAAGAAUGCUUUGUAUGACAGCAACAUCAUCUAUGGGCUGACACCCGAAGGCCGCAGGAACUCCCGUGCCUGCCAGAUAGUCCACGAAUACACAGACCAAGUGAUCCGGCUGAGGAAGGCUCAACUGCAGAAGGAGGGAGAGCUGGAGAAGGUCAGACAGAAGAGGCACCUGGAUUUCCUGGACAUCCUCCUCUUUGCCAGAAUGGAGAAUGGGAGUAGUUUGUCUGACAAGGAACUCCGUGCAGAGGUGGACACAUUCAUGUUUGGGGGUCAUGACACCACAGCCAGUGGCAUCUCCUGGGUUCUGUAUGCUCUGGCUUCCCACCCUGAGCAUCAGCAGAGGUGCCGGGAGGAGAUCCAGAGCCUCCUGGGGGAUGGUGCCUCCAUCACCUGGGACCACUUGGACCAGAUGCCCUACACCACCAUGUGCAUCAAGGAGGCACUGAGACUCUACCCUCCAGUACCACGCAUCAGCAGGGAGCUCAGCAAGCCCAUUAUCUUUCCUGAUGGACGCUCUUUACCAGCAGACAUGACACUUCUUCUCUCCUUCUAUGCCUUGCACCAUGAUCCGAAGUUGUGGCCAAACCCAGAGGUUUAUGAUCCUUUUCGGUUUGCACCUGGUUCUUCUCAACACAACUAUGCUUUCCUGCCCUUCUCAGCAGGCUCAAGGAACUGCAUCGGGAAGCAGUUUGCCAUGAAGGAGAUAAAGGUGGCCGUGGCACUGAUUUUGCUCCGCUUUGAGUUGUCACCGGAUCCCUCUAGAGUUCCAAUUCUUGGUGCAAAUAUUACACUGAUGUCAAAAAAUGGGAUCCACCUGCAUCUCAGGAAGCUCUUGUAACCAUUGUGAGGACAAAAAUGUUCUCUGAAAGCCUGCCAUCCCGUCCUGCCACCUUCUCUUGUCUCUUGCCUCUCUCUGCCUACUUACUGCAUUCUUACUGCUUUUUUCUUUUCUGCUUGCCUGUUCAGCAUUAGUUUUCUCUGCUUUUUAAAUAAAUUACUAUAGACUCAAGUUCAUAAUAUUACCAUUUAAGAGUCAUAAAUCUGAAUGUGUUAUACUGGUCACAACCCAAAAUUGCAGAAGACUGAAUAGA